CCGAAGCAAUGGCAGGUGGCUCAGGAACUCUGACAUGGCUACAGAAAGCCCGAAAUCACAUUGAGAACUCACAGGAAUGGCGAGACUUCACGGCACGGUUAUGUGAUGCUGCCCAGCAGCAGAUGACGGAGAGCCACGUCCAUUUCUUCACCGACCUCUCUGCGGCAGAGAAGGCUUUCGUCCUACAGCGAGCUGCCAAGGCCAUCCAAGGAGGAGACCCGUAUAAUGCCCUGAUGUCUCAAGUUAGCACUUGCCUAGAGGAGCAGCUGUAUAUUCAAGUUGCUCAUGAACUGCAAGAUGGUGAUCGUCUGAAAAACAAGUCAGCCCUGGUUCUGAGUCACAUCAAGAAUGGAGUGAUGCAUUUGCUGGAGGAAAGGCCAGCUCUGAAGGGGAAAUUACAAGCUUUUUUCAACCAGCCCCUCCCUGCAGACUUGAGAAGGCUCACCUGGAGGCUCUACCUGUCUAAUACCAAAGCACGUAUGGAGUAUCUGUCCCAAGUAGCAAUGAAUAAAGCUAAAUCCCCAAAGGACCGGGAGAUUUUCCUGAGGUCUCAGGCUCUGUUGUCCACCGAACCCACUUUCCAGCACCUGAAAAAUAACAAAGUUGCAGCACGAGCCCUGAGGAACAUUCUCUCUUAUUACCAUAAGCUUCAAGGCACAGCCAUGAAUCUGCCCGACACAGACUAUUUUUUACUGGUGCCUCUGCUGCAAGUCGUCCUAGACGCUGCUGCACCCAGCCUAUCUUUGGACUCCAUUUCUGCUGUUCUGGCUGAAGAGUUUAUCACGUUCAUGAACCUUCGACCUCAGUUAAUGAGGCUCUCCUCCACCAAGGAUCCCGCCAGUGCCAAUAUAUUGGAGGAAGCAACCUCAAUGUUAGAGCAAAAGGACAGGGACCUGGCCAACAUCAUUCGAGGCAUUUACAGUCAGACAGCAGAGAAGCCUCAGGAACCCCUGCGGAGGGCACUGCAGCACAUGCUCCAACCAGCCAUCAGUACCGUCUUUGUGGGCUACCUGACUAUGGAUACAUUGCUUUAUGUCUGGGACCAGGUAAUCAUUGGACUUGAUCAGCCAUCAUAUAACUGCCUCCCUGCAUUCAGCACAGCCUUCAUCUUAUUGCUUCGGGACUAUCUGAAGACAUGUCAGUCGCCAGACCAGAUGGAAGCAGCUCUAAGGACUCAAGGGCCAAAUUUAUCUGUGCAAGAAUUUCAAGACGUGAUCAGAAAACACUUCUUCAGAGAACUGUCCAGCCAGCUACACCGAGAUGACAGUGACCCCUUCCCAGUCCAUGAUCCCACACAAGCUUUGCCUCCCUGGAGCUACUUGUGCAGAGUACCAGUACCUCCAAGAACCAGAGCUCAGGACAGAAGACAAGCAAGAGCGGAGCGUGAGAUGCUUCAAAGGCAGCACAUGGAGAGACUGAAACAGGAAGAAAGGUUGCAAAGGUUUAGAGAAGAGGAACAAAAGAGGCAACAAGAGAGCAGACUACUACAGCUUCUGGAAGAGACUAAAGGAACCUUUGAAGCACAAAGGGUCUAUCUGGAAGAACAACUAUCACAGGAGAAACAAUUGCGCUAUGAAAUACAGAGGAAGGCAGAGGCACAGAUCAAUGGUCUGCAAGCUGAAAUCAAAAGACUCACGGAGAAGAGGCUUUCUAUUGAUGCAUACUCAGAGGGAAGCCUCAUAGCACCUGCACCUUCGCUGCAGUCCCUGACUCCAUCUCAGAUGUUGCCUCCUCAACCUUCCCCAGUACAACCACCACCUCCUACAGUUACAGAUGGUACAAACAGGACCAGGAAAAUUCAUGGCAAAACAGCAAAAAACGUAACUCUGGAUCUACUUGAACAGCUAAUGCAGGCUGCAAACACAAUUGCUAAUGGGAGCAAUGCAGCCGAGCAGGACUCUUUGAAUGCAGCUACCAAAGAACAUCUUCGGAACUAUAACCAAGACUGCAAAAAUGCAGAGAUUGAAGUAUUUGGGCACCAGAUAAACACAGAAGACAGAGAAAAAAUUCCAGAACCCAAAAGACAACUACAGGAAAAAUUAACUGCAGCUAUCAGAAGACAUGCAGAGGCCCGUUACAAAGCCCAGUUUGCAGCAAGGAGGAUGUUAUCAGAGCCUGAUUAUAUGGGUGCAAUGCUCUGUACCUCAGGGGAACACCCAGCACCCCCAUGUUCAUCCUUGUAAAAUGAUUGUGUGGUAUCCAAUGCAAAAGUUUGUCACAGUGGGUGUCUUCAGAAGGCUCAUGAUGCACUGAGCAUUGUUGUUACAGUAAUGUUAUAGGUUGUAAUUUCAUGUAUGUACUUAUGAGGCUGAAAAUGUACAUGUAUCCUCAUGGCUUAAAAUAAGCCCAGGCAAAAACUCCCCAAGAGCAGAGAGGCAGUUCACACCUCAUCAGGGCAGGAAUGGGACAAACCCAGCCCAGCCUCACAGGAAAAAAGGAAUGUUAGACUCUUGAGGGAGUCACUCCCCUUCCUUUGGUCAGUUUGGAACUGUAAUGAGGCAAGUAUCAGGGGUAGCCGUGUUAGUCUGUAUCUACAAAAACAACAAGGAGUCUGGUGGCACCUUAAAGACUA